CAAAAAAUGAAAAACGAAGAAUGACGCCACACGAACGCUUCGAAGCAGUAGUCGCAACAAACUAUUUUUCCCGCUUUUCUUCAGGUCAAAGCGGAGCAGAGAAGCAGAACCUCGGAUACAAUCAAGAUAACGGAGCUGCCUCCUCUACUGCUCUGGCUUUGUCAUGGCUCGGCCGGAAACGAAAGCUUCUCCUGGUC